AUGGAGCUCCACUGCCUUGCAGAGAAGAGCAACCAGACAGGCCUGUGCGCUGCCGUGGUCUGGAGCCAGGCAUAUGCAGCAGCCUCCAGAGCUGCCCUCCACUGCCAAAGACACUGUAGGUCUACACCCAGAGCAGCUGACAUGGAAGGGUCUAAACUCAGUCCUCCAGCAUCCCCCUGCCCCUCUCUGAGAGACAGUGCUGUCCAGCCAGACCCCUUCCCGCCAGGGCCUCUCCUCUCAGGGAACAGCCAACUCACAGUGGAACGGAAAGUCUGCAACUGCUGCAGCCAGGAAUUAGAAACUUCUUUUACCUAUGUGGAUGAGAAUGUCAACUUGGAGCAGCAGAACCAGAGUUCUCCUUCAGGAAAAGGGCAUGAUCACCCUACAGACCUUGGCUGGGAAAAUCCAAAUGAGUGGUCCCAAGACGCUGCCAUAUCCCUGAUAUCUGAAGAGGAAGAUGAUACCAGUUCAGAAGCCACCUCUUCAGGGAAGUCCGUGGAUUAUGGUUUCAUCAGUGCCGUCUUGUUCCUGGUCACUGGCAUCCUGCUGGUGAUCAUCUCUUACAUUGUGCCACGGGAAGUGACCGUGGAUCCCAACACGGUGGCCGCACGGGAGAUGGAGCGCCUGGAGAAGGAGAGCGCGAGGCUGGGGGCUCACCUGGACCGCUGCGUGAUUGCUGGGCUCUGCCUUCUCACUCUGGGAGGGGUGGUCCUGUCCUGUUUGCUAAUGAUGUCUAUGUGGAAGGGGGAGCUCUAUCGUAGGAACAGAUUUGCCUCUUCCAAAGAGUCCGCAAAACUCUAUGGUUCUUUCAACUUCAGGAUGAAAACCAGCACUAAUGAAAACACCGUGGAACUGUCCUUGGUAGAGGAAGAUGCUCUUGCUGUACAGAGUUAACUCUGGCUGUGAGCUUCCUGACGGUCUGCCUUGGUGUUUUCUAUGAGAAAAUUGUUAAUUUAUUAAAAGUUACCAGUGCAAUUUAUAUGCCUGGCAAGGAAAGUUUAUUUCACAAACCAGUAGCCAGUGAGUGUUUUUGUUUUCUGAGUAUCUUCUGUUUAGAAGAAAAGCCACAUAAGAUGCAUAAGAAACCACAGCCAGCCACACCUGUCCUUCUAAAGAGCUCAACACUAAUUAAUCUGCAAUGCCCAUGAGCUUCUACUUAUAUAGCAGAAGAUUUCUAAUGA